CUACGCCACUGGACAGCACAAAAUUUUAAAAUAUUCUAUGGCACAGGAUAGGUGGACAUGGAAGAGAUCACCAAGGAAACAAAAGGCAUGGGUUCCCUGUGGAGUUGGUGGACACUCUGGGCCGGAACAACCCUCCUGUGGGCCACGCUGCCCACCGCGGAGCCCUCCUGCCAAGGCGUACAGUGCAAGGCCGGGGAGCACUGCCAGGGGGUGGGCGGCAAGACCAGGUGCGUGACGCAGUCCAGGGCCGUCUGCCGCGCCCAGGGUGACCCCCAUUACACCACCUUCGACGGCCGUCGCUAUGACAUGAUGGGCACCUGCACCUACACUAUGGCCGAGCUGUGCGGGAAGGACGAGACCCUGCCGGCCUUCAGCGUGGAGGCCAAGAAUGAGCGCCGGAGCAGCCGCCUCGUCUCCUACGUGGGCCUGGUGACUGUGCGUGCCUACAGCCACUCGGUGACGCUGGCCCGCGGGGAAGUUGGCUUUGCGCGGAUCGACAACCAGCGCUCUCGCCUGCCAGCCUCCCUGAGCAAGGGCCGCCUGCGUGUGUACCAGAGAGGGACACAGGCUGUGGUGGAGCUGACCUUCGGGCUGGUGGUCACCUACAACUGGGACUGCCAGCUGACAGUGAGCCUGCCCAAGAGCUUCCAAGACCAGGUGUGUGGGCUGUGUGGCAACUAUAAUGGUGACCCUGCUGACGACUUCCUCAUGCCUGACCUGGAGCAGGCUGCCAGCCCCGAUGAGUUUGCCAGUAGCUGGAGGCUGGAUGAUGGGGACUACUUGUGCAGUCAUGGCUGCCAGAGCAGCUGUCCUGCCUGCACCAAAGGCCAGGCCCAGCACUACGAGGGCAGCCGUCUCUGUGGCAUGCUGACCCUGCCUAAAGGUCCCUUCGCUGCCUGCCAUGAAUCUCUGAAUCCCCGGCCUUUCCUGGAAGAUUGUGUGUAUGACCUGUGUGUGACCAGAGGGGAGCGGCUCAGCCUGUGUCGUGGCCUCACUGCCUAUGCCCAGGCCUGUGUGGAGCUGGGCAUCUCUGUUGAGGACUGGAGGUCACCAGCCAAAUGCCCCAUGUCCUGCCCAGCCAACAGCCGCUACGAGCUCUGCGCGCCCCCCUGCCCGGCCACCUGCAACUCCGAGGCGGUGCCGUCCAACUGCUCCGACCACCCGUGCGUCGAGGGCUGCGUGUGCCAGUCCGGCUUCGUGGCCAGCGGCGGCGCCUGCGUGCCGGCCUCGUCCUGCGGCUGCGUCCACGAGGGCCGCCCCCUGGCGCCCGGCCAGGAGCUGUGGGGCGACGACCUGUGCCGCCAGCGCUGCACCUGCGACGGCGCCACCCAGAAGGUGACCUGCCGCAACACUCAGGGCUGCCCGCAGGGGGAGCGCUGCCGCGUGGAGAACGGCCUCCUGGGCUGCUACCCCGACAAUUUCGCGAGCUGCCAGGCGUCUGGGGACCCGCACUACAUCAGCUUCGACGGCCGGCGCUUCGACUUCAUGGGCACCUGCACCUACCUGCUGGUGGGCUCCUGUGGCCAGGACGCAGAGCUGCCCACCUUCCGCGUGCUGGUGGAGAAUGAGCAUCGUGGCGUCCAGACCGUGAGCUACACGCGUGCCGUGCGGGUGGAGGCCCGCGGUGUGAAGCUGGCCCUGCGCCGGGAGUACCCGGGCAAAGUGCUGGUGGAUGGCAUCCUUCAUUACCUGCCCUUCCAAGCCGCAGAUGGGCAGGUACAGGUGUUCCGCCAGGGCAACGAGGGUUUUGUGCGCACAGAUUUUGGCCUGACUGUCACCUACAACUGGAACGCCCUAGUGACCGCCAAGGUGCCAGGCAGCUAUGCCAAGGCCCUGUGUGGGCUGUGCGGGAACUUCAACGGGGACCCGGCGGAUGACCUGGCUCUGCGGGGUGGAGGCCAAGCUGCCAACGCCCUGGACUUCGGGAACAGCUGGCAGGAGGAGGCCACGCCCGGCUGUGGAGCAACUGACACUGGUGACUGUCCCAAGCUGGACUCCCUGGUGGCCGAGCAGCUGGAGAGCAAGGAGGAGUGCGGGAUCAUUGCUGACCCCAACGGGCCCUUCCGGGACUGUCACGCCACGCUGGACCCGCAGGGUGUGGUGCGCAACUGCGUCUACGACCGCUGCCUGCUGCCCGGCCUGUCUGGGCCGCUGUGUGACUCACUGGCCACGUACACUGCUGCCUGCCUGGCUGCGGGGGCCACGGUGCAUCCCUGGAGGAGUGAGGAGCUUUGCCCGCCGAGCUGUCCUCCUCACAGCCACUACGAGGCCUGUUCCUACGGCUGCCCGAUAACCUGCGGGGACCUCCCGGUGUCCGGGGGCUGUGACUCAGAAUGCCGCGAGGGCUGCGAGUGUGACGACGGCUUCGCCCUCAGUGGUGAGUCCUGCGUGCCGCUGGCUUCCUGUGGCUGCGUACACCAAGGCUCCUACUACCCUCCCGGCCAGAGCUUCUACCCUGGGCCUGGCUGUGACUCCCUUUGCCACUGCGAGGAGGGCGGCCUGGUAUCCUGUCAGCCUUCCAGCUGCGGCCCACACGAGGCCUGCCGGCCAUCCAAUGGCAUCCUGGGCUGUGUGCCCGUGGGCGCUACCACCUGCCAAGCGUCGGGAGACCCCCACUACACCACCUUUGACGGCCAGCGCUUCGACUUCAUGGGCACCUGUGUGUACGUGCUGGCUCAGACCUGUGGGACACGGCCCGGCCUGCCCCAGUUCACUGUCCUGCAGGAGAACGCGCCCUGGGGCAAUGGACGCUACAGCGCCACCAGGGUGGUCACGGUCAUCGUGGGUAACUACACCCUUCGGCUGGAGCAGAAUAAGCGGAAAGUCAUGGUGAAUGGUGUGGACAAGAAGCUGCCUGUGGAAUUGGCUGGGGGUCAGGUCCGUGUCUUCCAGCAUGGCUCAGAUGCUGUGAUCAAGACCGACUUUGACCUGCAUGUGACCUAUGACCUCAUGUACUAUGUGCGAGUCACUGUUCCAGGCAACUACUACAAGCAGAUGUGUGGCCUGUGUGGUGACUACAAUGGUGACCCCAAAGAUGACUUCCAGAAGCCUGACGGCUCACUGGCAGCCAAUCCCAAUGAGUUUGGCAACUCCUGGGAGGAGCCAGUGCCCAACUCCCCCUGUGUGCCAAAGCCAGACUGCAACCCCGAUGAGGAGGACUGCAAACAGAAGUGCAGCGCUGAGCUGGAGGAGAAGUACCAGCAGGAGCAGUUCUGUGGGUUCCUCACCAGCCCUACAGGGCCGCUGGCUGCCUGCCAUGAGCUGAUCAAUCCCCAGGGUUCCCUGAAAGACUGUGUCUUUGAUCUCUGCUUGGGUGGUGGGAACAUAAGCAUCCUCUGUGACAACAUCCACGCUUACGUGAGCAUCUGCCAGGAAGCCGGAGGCCGCGUGGAGCCCUGGAGGACUGAAUCUUUCUGCCCGAUGGAGUGCCUCCCCAACAGCCACUAUGAUCUCUGCGCCGACGUCUGCUCCCUGAGCUGCUCUGCUCUCAGUGCCCCCCUGCAAUGCCCAGAUGGGUGUGCUGAGGGCUGUGAGUGUGACCCUGGCUUCCUCUACAAUGGGCAGGCUUGCGUGCUCAUCCAGGAAUGCGGCUGCUACCACAAUGGUGCCUACUAUGAGCCAGAGGAGAUGGUACUCAUUGACAACUGCCAGCAGAAGUGUGUGUGCCAUGUGAGCAAAGGCAUGGUGUGCCAGGACCACAGGUGCAACCCAGAGGAGGUGUGCGAGCUCUCAGGAGGCAUCCUGAGCUGCAUCACCAAAGAUCCAUGCCACGGUGUGACGUGCCGGCCACAGGAGACAUGCAAAGAGCAGAAUGGCCAGGGCGUGUGCGUGCCCAACUACGAUGUCACGUGUUGGCUGUGGGGUGAUCCCCACUACCAUUCCUUCGACGGCUGGGAGUUUGACUUCCAGGGCACCUGCGACUAUGUGCUGGCAGCGGUGGGCUGCCCGGGGGUCAGUGCUGAGGGCCUGACACCCUUCACUGUUACUACCAAGAACAAGAACCGAGGCAACCCCUCCGUGUCCUAUGUGAACCGCGUCACCGUGUCUGCCCUUGGCACCAACAUCUCCAUCCACAAGGACGAGGUCGGCAAAGUCCGGGUGAACGGCAUGCUGACAGCCUUGCCUGUCUCUGUAGCCCACGGGCAGAUUUUGGUGACUCACGGCCCAGGGAAGGCUGUGUUGGUGGCUGACUUCGGGCUUCAAGUCAGCUAUGACUGGGAUUGGCGGGUGGAGGUGACGCUGCCCAGUAGCUACCAUAGUGCGGUGUGCGGGCUGUGUGGGAACAUGGACCUAAACCCCGGCAAUGACCAAGUCUUCCCUAACGGCACACUGGCUCCCUCAGUACCCCUCUGGGGUGGCAGCUGGCGGGUUCCAAGUUGGGACCCAUUUUGCUGGGAUGAAUGUCAGGGGUCCUGCCCUACAUGCCCUGAGGACCAACAACAAGAGUAUGAGGGUCCCAGCUUCUGCGGACCCCUGGUGCCCGGCCCAGGGGGCCCCUUUGCCACCUGCCAUGCCCAUGUGCCACCUGAAAGCUUCUUCAAGGGCUGUGUUCUGGAUGUCUGCUUGGGUGGCGGGGCCCAGGACCUGCUUUGCCAGGCGCUGGCUGCCUACGCUGCUGCCUGCCAGGCCGCUGGGAUCGUCAUCAAGGACUGGAGGACACAGGCCGGCUGUGAGAUCCCCUGCCCUGACAACAGCCACUAUGAGCUCUGUGGCCCACGCUGCCCAGCCAGCUGCCCGUCCCCCUCAGCCCCCACGACCCCAGCUGUAUGUGACGGUCCCUGCAUCGAGGGCUGCCAGUGUGACGAGGGCUUCGUGUUGAGUGCUGAGCUCUGUGUCCCCCUGAAUGGAGGCUGUGGCUGCUGGGCCAAUGGCACCUACUAUGAGGCUGGCAGCGAGUUUUUGGCUGAUGGUACCUGCUCUCAGCUGUGCCGCUGUGGGCCUCAAGGUGGCUCGCUGGUCUGCACGCCUGCCAGCUGUGGGCUAGGCGAAGAGUGUGCUUUGCUGCCUUCUGGCCAGUAUGGCUGCCAACCAGUUAGCACAGCUGAGUGCCAAGCCUGGGGUGACCCCCAUUAUAUCACCCUGGAUGGGCGCCAAUUCGACUUCCAAGGUACUUGUGAGUACCUGCUGAGUGCACCCUGUGAUACACCACCCAAGGGCACUGAGAACUUCACCGUCACCGUCACCAAUGAACACCGGGGCAGCCAGGCAGUCAGCUACACCCGCACCGUCACUCUAUACGUGUACAACCAUGUCCUGACCCUCAGUGCCCUCUGGCCACAGCGGCUAAAGGUGGAUGGUGAGCUCGUGGCGCUGCCUUUCAACCUCGGCUCAAACCUGCGUGCAUACCUGAGCGUCAGUGAUGUGGUGGUGACCACCGACUUCGGGCUCUCUCUGUCUUUCGACGGGAACAGCUUCGUGAAGCUGCACGUGCCAGCAGCUUAUGCGGGUGCCCUUUGUGGCCUGUGUGGUAACUACAACAAGGACCCCUCAGAUGACUUGACUGCUGUGGAUGGGAACCCCAGCGGCUGGCAGGUGGGCGGCGCCCUGGACUGCAAGGAGUGUGUGCCGGGGCCUUGUCCGGACCCCUGCACUCCGGAGGAGCAGGAGUCCUUUGCCGGCCCUGAUGCCUGUGGCGUGAUUUCGGCCCCUGACGGCCCACUGGCACCCUGCCACACCCUGGUUUCACCUGAACACUACUUCAAGGGGUGUUUGCUGGAUGCCUGCCAGGCCCAGGGCCAUCUGGGAGGCCUCUGUCCGGCAGUGGCUGCCUACGUGGCAGCCUGCCAGGCUGCUGGGGCCCAACUCGAUGAGUGGAGGCGGCUAGACUUCUGUCCCUUCCUGUGCCCUGUCAACAGCCACUACGAGCUCUGCGGUAACUCCUGCCCUGUCAGCUGCCCGAGCCUCUCCGAGCCCGAGGGCUGCGAGCCUACUUGCCGAGAGGGCUGUGUCUGUAAUUCUGGCUUGGUGCUCAGUGGUGGCACUUGUGUGCCUGUGGACCAGUGUGGCUGCCUCCAUGAUGGCCGCUAUUACCUACUGGGUGCAGCCUUCUACCCAGGCCCUGAGUGUGAGCGCCGCUGUGAGUGUGGCCCAGGUGGCCAGGUCACCUGCCAGGAGGGCGCGGCUUGUGGCCCCCAUGAAGAGUGCCGGACAGAGGACGGCGUUCAGGCCUGCCAUCCCACGGGCUGUGGCCGCUGCCUGGCCAAUGGGGGCAUCCACUACAUCACUCUCGAUGGACGUGUCUAUGACCUGCAUGGCUCAUGCUCCUAUGUGUUGGCCAAAGUCUGCCACCCAAAGCCUGGGGAAGAGGACUUUUCCAUCGUGCUUGAGAAGAACAAGGAUGGAGAACCUCAAAGGGUGCUGGUUACUGUGGUUGACCAGGUUGUGAGCCUGGCUGGAGGACCGAAGGUCACCGUGGACGGUGAGGAUGUGACUCUGCCUGUGGCUGUGGGCCGUGUGCAAGUGACUGCUGAAGGCCGAAACAUCGUUCUGCAGACAACCAAGGGACUGCGGCUUCUCUUUGAUGGCGACACCCAUGUCCUCAUAUCCAUCCCUAGCCCCUUCCAAGGGCGGAUCUGUGGCCUCUGUGGAAACUUUAACGGCAAUUGGAGUGAUGACUUUACCCUGCCCAAUGGUGAUGUGGCCCCCAGUGUGGAAGCCUUUGGAACUGCCUGGCAUGCGCCUGACUCCUCCCAGGGCUGUAUCGAGGGCUGUGGGCCCCAGGGAUGCCCUGUGUGUUUAGCAGAGGAGACAGCCGUCUACGAGAGCAACCAGGCCUGUGGGCAGCUCCAGGACCCGAAGGGCCCCUUCUCGACCUGCCACAAUGUGUUGAAACCCUCUGAAUACUUCCGCCAAUGUGUGUAUGACCAGUGUGCCGCAAAAGGUGACAAAGCCUUCCUCUGCCGUAGCCUGGCAGCCUACACAGCCGCCUGUCAGGCAGCUGGUGGGUCUGUGAAGCCCUGGAGGACAGACAGCUUCUGCCCGCUGGAGUGCCCAGCCCAUAGCCACUACUCCAUCUGCACACACUCCUGCCAGGACUCCUGUGUGGCUCUCUCCGGCUUCACGGGCUGCACAACUCGCUGCUUUGAGGGCUGUGAGUGUGAUGACCGGUUCCUGCUUUCCGAGGGUGUUUGCGUCCCUGUCCAAGACUGCGGAUGCACCCAUAACGGCAGAUACUUGCCGGUGAACUCCACCCAGCUAAGUGCGGACUGCAGUGAGUGCUGUUCGUGUUCCUCAAGCAUUGGCCUGACGUGCCAGGCUGCCAGUUGCCCAGAAGGCCAAGUCUGUGAUCUCCAGGAAGGAUCCUGGGUCUGCCGGGCUGCCAGUGGGCUCUGUUCCCUCUCUGUGGGUGCCAACCUCACCACCUUCGAUGGUGCCCACCAUGCUGUUGGCUCCGCUGGCACCUAUGAGUUCUCGUCUCGCUGCCCAGGAGUACAGGAGAACAUCCCCUGGUACCGUGUGGUUGCGGAUGUCCAGCCCUGCCAGAACAAUGUCAAGGCCGUGAGCACGGUCCACAUCUUCUUCCAGGAUGGGAUAGUGACUGUGACUGCAAACAAGGGCAUGUGGGUGAAUGGUCUACGAGUGGGCCUCCCAGCUGAAGUGCUAACAUCUGUGUCGGUCAAACGGGGUUCUGAUGGUUCCAUACUAGUCCACCAGAAGGAAGGGGUCCAAGUGCGGCUGGGAAGUGAUGGGCAUCUGGAUGUGAUGGUCGGUGAUGACCAUGCUGGCAUGCUAUGUGGAGCCUGUGGAAACUUUGAUGGAGACCGUACUAAUGACUUGGAUGAUUCCCAGGGGGAAACAGUGAUGGAGAAAUGGAAAGCACCAGACUUCUCCCCAUGCCACAACUGAUCAGUCAUCCACCAGGAGUGAAGACUUCAAGACCUGACACCUUGGAGGUUACAAUGGUUGAAGGAUGCACUGUGUACCCCUACCCUGCUCUACUCCUUUGCUGAGCCACUGAGGCUGAAUGUGACAGCAUUGAAUAAAGCCAAGCUGCAUGCCAG